AUGCACCGGAUGAUCCAGCGGGGGGUCGGUGGUACUGCAGCUGAGCAGGAGCUGAGUGCGCCCAGGCCCGGCUUCUCCACUGCACCUCGUACAAAAGCUGAGUUGGUGAGAUGUCCGCCGAAUCACGUGCAGUGCAUCGGCUCCAAAAGGUGCAUUCACUUUAAUAAACUUUGCGAUGGAGCGAGAGAUUGUGAGGACGGAUAUGAUGAAGGAGUACACUGUCGAGAACUCCAGCCAAAAUGCCAAGAGUUGUUGUGUCAGUACGGCUGUGUCAAAAUGAGAAACGUGACGUUCUGCUUCUGUGCUGAUGGCUUCGAGGUGGAACAGGAUGGUCGAGCCUGCAGAGAUCACGACGACUGCGCAGUAUAUGAUACAUGUAGCCAGACCUGUAUGAACACCUUUGGAUCAUAUAUAUGUAGCUGUACAGAUGGAUACAUCCUACAACCCAACAGAAGGUCCUGUAAAGCCAAGACCGAUCCUGGGGACAGACCACCUGUGUUGCUGAUUGCGAGUACAGAACAUAUCACAGUCACACACCUCAAUGGGUCUUCUAUACCCAACCUAAAGCAAUUGGAUACUAAUCAGAAGAUUCACACAUUUGAUUUCUAUUACAAGGAGGAAUCAUUAUGUUGGAUCUCCUCUACAAACUCCAACGGUCAGCUUUGGUGUGCCACCAUGACAAAGUUAAAAGGCUUUUCACGGAUGCGAAGAGUAGGGAUAGGAGAGAAUCUAGAGAAUGUGGAACAUUUUGCCAUAGACUGGCUCACAAGAAACAUUUACUUUGUGGAUAGAGUAAGUGAAAGAAUAUAUGUCUGCAAUGAACAAGACGACACAUGUGUCACAAUAGUCGAUCUCGAUCUGCAAAACCCUGGUGGAAUUGCUCUAGAUUCAUUGAUGGGGAAAAUGUUCUUUACGGAUUUGGGGAGUACAGCCAAGUUGGAACAGUGCAAUAUGGACGGCACUAACAGAACCAGGAUAGUGGAGAACAGAAUAGAGAAGCCCACAGCUGUUACUCUGGACCUGGUUAGAAAGCUGGUCUACUGGGCAGAUGCUGUCCUGAACUAUAUCGAAGUGGUGGACUACAAUGGGAGCAACCGGCACACUGUUAUCCAUGAAAGCUCUUUGCUGCACCUCCACGGAUUAUCACUCUUUGAAGAUUAUUUGUUUGCAACUCGCACCGAGCCCUCUAAAGGAACAAAAGUGGACAUUUUACAGAUAAAUCGGUUUAGCGUAGCAGAUGUUCAAACUGUAACCACCGUGGAGAAUUGCGUGGGAAUACGUGUUUACCAAAAACUCACCCAACCAACAGUCAGGACUCAUGCGUGCGAUCCCGAUCCGUCUGGAAGAAAAGGAGGAUGCUCUCACAUGUGUCUGCUCAGUGGAAGUUACAAAUCCCGAUCCUGUCGCUGUGGAACAGGCUUUGUACUGGGAAGUGACAGAAAAUCCUGCAAGAAGCCUAUGAAUGAGGUAUUCCUGUUCUACGGACGAGGGAGACCCGGUGUCAUCCGAGGCCUGGACCUGAAUAGCAAGUCGGAGGCUGAGCACAUGGUACAGAUUGACAAUCUUGUAAACCCUCGGGCGAUCGGCUUCCAUGCAGAGACCAGCCACAUCUACUUUGCCGACACAACCAGCUUUCUGAUUGGCCGACAAAGACUGGAUGGGACCAAUCGAAAAACGAUCCUUAAAGAUGACCUUGAUAACGUGGAGGGGAUCUCAGUGGACUGGAUAGGGAACAACUUGUACUGGACAAAUGACGGCUACAGGAAAACAAUCAACGUUGCCAGAUUGGAGAAGGCUGCACAAACAAGGAGAACUCUGUUAGAAGGAGAUAUGUCUCACCCCAGAGCGAUCGUGGUGGACCCUCUGCACAGCUGGAUGUACUGGACAAACUGGGAGGAGGAUGAGGUGAACGAUAGUGUUGGCAAGAUAGAGAGAGCCUGGAUGGAUGGAUCCCACCGGCAGGACUUUGUCACUUCUGACAUCCUGUGGCCUAACGGACUCACUUUAGACCAUGGCUCCAGUAACAUGUACUGGUGCGAUGCUUAUUAUGACCACAUAGAGAAAAUCUCCCUCGACGGUACCCACAGAACGGUGGUGUAUAACGGCAAAGAAUUAAACCAUCCCUUUGGAAUUUCCCUGCACCAGAAUUCCGUUUUCUGGACAGAUUACAUGAACGCCUCUAUUUUCCAACUGGACUUGCAGUCAGGGCAGGUUGCUCUUAUGAGAAGUGAGAAACCCCCUCUUUUUGGGCUAUCUGUGUACGAUGCUCAAAGGCAGCAAGGUGACAAUGCGUGUGGGGUUAAUAAUGGUGGCUGCGGUAGCCUGUGUCUGGCCAUUCCCGGUAGCAGAGUGUGUGCCUGCGCUGAUAACCAGUACCUGGACAAGAAUAACCUCACCUGCUCCUGGGACCACGGGGAGCCACAGAGAUGUGGGAAUGAAGAGUUCCAGUGUAGGAACCAGCGUUGUGUCCAGGCCUCCUGGAAAUGUGAUGGGGACCAUGACUGUUUGGACGGAAGUGAUGAGGAACCGUACAUCUGCUAUAAUCGUAGUUGCCCUGCGGAUCAGUUCAAGUGUCUGAACAACCGCUGCAUCCCCAAGAGGUGGCUCUGUGACGGGACCAACGACUGUGGGAACAACGAGGACGAGUCCAACUUCACCUGCUCUGCGGGAUCAUGCCGAGCGGACCAGUUCUCCUGUGAGAACGGGAGAUGCAUCCCAGAGUCCUGGCGCUGUGACAGGGAUGACGACUGUGGGGACCACUCUGAUGAGACCGCCUCUUGUGAUUUCCCCACAUGUGAGCCCCUCACACAGUUCAGCUGUUCCAAUGGAAGGUGCGUUAGCGUGAAAUGGCACUGUGACUCAGAUGAUGACUGUGGGGAUGGUAGUGACGAGGUGGGUUGUGUCCAUGCCUGUUCCAGUGCCCAAUUCCAGUGUGCCAGUGGGAAGUGUAUCCCUGACCACUGGGCCUGUGACGGGGACGAUGACUGUGGGGACAACAGUGAUGAGGACACCACAUGCUCUGGGACAGCCCCGGUAUCAGCUGAUGACUGCAGUGGAGAUGAGUUCCAUUGCCGGGACGACGGUGGCACCUGUAUCCCCGAGCGCUGGAGGUGUGACGGGGACAAGGACUGCGAGGACGGGAGUGACGAGGCAGACUGUGAAGGCACCAGCAGAAUGUGCGACCCGCACGCAAAGUUCACCUGUCAAACCUCAGGUACGGCACUGAGGCUGCUGUGA